UGCCAGCCAUAGAGACAAGAAAGUGAGUGGCUGCCACCUGCAGAUAGAACAACGAUAGUCACAGCAAAUAGAGGGACGACACAAGCCGUCGUCAUUAGCAGUGCUUCGUUUUCCGUCAGCGAAGCCAAUACGGCCGUCUCUAGUGACACCGGUCGUAUCUUUGGCUGCGGUCGGAUGAUGUGCACCACUGAUGUUGUAAAAAAAAAAGAGUGGCCGUCUUGCGUAGCGGACACAAGCAAACGGACGGUUCGGGGCUACAGCGCAGUCGACACGCCGCCACUUCCACGGCGGUCGCCACCUAAUGUAGCAGUAGAGUGUGAUGACAGUAAUAGGGGUAAUGGGCCGCCAAUAAGUGAGUAACUGAUAUCGGUCUGCUACAGCUGCUCUUGCCGCCUUGGCCGCCGCCGCCGCCGCCGCCACUGGGUCGUUGGAUGACUGCUCAUCGGUGGGGUGUAGAUCAGGACGUUCGCUGGAGGUGUUCGCCAACGGGACGGGCCAGCUGCAAGUUGGUGGGCAAGCUACUUCGAUAGAUGCAGCAAAAGAGGCAAGGGCAGUAAUACUGCCAGCUACUGCCGUACAAAGAUAGGAACUGCAGCUGCAAACAGCGGAUGCCGUUGUCAAUACAACGGCUGUUAUUUGCCAUCAUCGCUAAUAGUCGAUCAGUUGAUGCUGCUCACCGCCGUUCGGAGCUGACGUGACGUUGUAUGGAACGUUCUGCAAUGGUGACGCUUUCAUCGUUGUGAUUGUCGUCAUCAAAUAGGAUUACUGCUACCACUUCUAGUUUCACUUGAGUGAAAAACAAGAAGGGAAGUUGACUUAUCCUUGCUGUUCCAUCGUGUUGACACGCAUAAAGUUCAUGCAUUGUCGGUUUAAUCGUGUCAGGCUAUCAGUGAUAACGCAAAAGCUGCGGCCUUACUAUGGCCCAGAAAGUGCUUGAGUGUUUCUCUUUGUGAUGUGCUGUGGUCAAACAUCUAUUGUACGACAGAGACACGAAGGUAGAUGCUGUGGCUGUACUUAUGGGGAAUACAAUAGUGACAGCGGGUUCGGUCCUUUCCAGAUCACCCGUUGCAGGUGCUGAUCAGAAACAGUAAUAGUGGAUGGGGCAGAUUUUGUGGGGGACUUUUUUUAAGAGAUAUGCCACGCCACCCGUACAUCUGCUGCAAGAAUUUAUUUGGCAUUGUGAUCCGUGGUAGCGACCGAUCCGACAUGCUUCUAAGUACGAGUACUACGAACAAGACUUAAAAGAGUUGAUACGAUGUCGUCUUUACGGCCUGAAUUCAAAUGAUUUGAGCGUCGUUUAUUUAUGAUAGACGACGACGUCAAUAUAGAGAACGUGUUCUAAGUGAUCAGUUGCCAAGUCGGCCAAGUGAUCUAUUAGCUGAAUGACUAGGAUUCUAUUACCGUCGUCGUUGAGUCGACGACAGCUACUUUUGCGGACCAUACUGCGGCUACAAACAGAAGCAAGAUGUACUUCCCGGUGCGAUGGCCGCGUUACUUGUCUCUCGAAGGCCCGGUAAUCCAGAUUUGCGCCGACUAUCAUCGGACACUAUUCGCCGUUUUACAACCAGAUUGCCUAACGAUCUGGGUGGAAAAGCAUCCACUACUAUUAUGGUGCCAUCGGCGUUCAUUGGCUUCGCUAUCGGCGUAUGGUCCGAACGUACGGGUCGUCUGGCGGAGGGACUCAUCAGCCUUGGCAAUAGUGACUGGCCGAGACCACGUGUUCUUCCACCAGGUUGAGGGUGAUGCAUUCUCGUCAAAUCCCAUUUACGAACAAAGAGACAUCGACAGGCACUUUAAAAGGGACAGUUCCGAACUGUACAUCAAGGAUAAGGUGUAUCCUAUCGUGUUAUCCUCUGGAGGAGAAUGUACUCUUCCGUGCAAGGUAUCAGCACUUCUGUCGUUCCGGGACGAACUUCUGGUCGCUCAGGAAGACGGCCGUAUUUUACGGCUGGCAUGGGACGGUCAAAUUCAGGAUGACCUUACCAUCGACCUCAAGGAAGUGAAGUUUGCCUCUGAAGUAUACACUUGGAGAAGCAGUUUCACGAACGAGACAUACGAGGUCGUUGAUGUUCAGUAUUUACCAUUGAUUGGUUCGUUGUCAAUAGUGUUCGCCAAUGGGCGUGCCGGCGUCAUUAUGGCGACGACGAACAGAUUCUCUCCAGGAGAGGUUAAAGGUGUUUGGAUUAUGGACGUUACGAAAGCAACCUGCACCGCUGUUAAUCACCGGUACCGGCUAAUCGCGUAUGGACUGAGCGAUUCCGAGGGUGUAGUUUAUUAUCUUGAUGAGGUGACGGUGACUUUUGUACUCUCUCACAAGUUAAUGCUCAGUGACAAGGACUUCCCAGAUGUGAGCAAGGUUGCGGGCGCGGUGAAGUGCAUUCAAUGGACACCCGAUAAUACGGCCGUAGCUGUGGCCUGGGAGAAUUGCGGUGUUGCUGUGUGGUCCGUGUUUGGAUCCUUGAUUUUCUGUUCGCUCAAUUGGGAAUCACCAUAUUGCCGAAUCCAGAUUCGUGCCAUGGAGUGGGGCUUUGACGGAUAUAAUCUCUGGUUAGGCUCUGACAAGGAAGACAUCUGUUUGCUAGGAUUCAUGAAGGCGGCAGCUACUCUCAACCCGGCGCCGCAAUGCGAUCAACAGAAGAUAUUGCUACAGGGUGCUACCAGUGUUUUAAUCAGCUCGAAAGACGCGCUAGCAAAGACAAGCAAUGAACCCGGAUCGCCAUGGACGGGCCCUAGUCUCGAAAACCACUCGGCCAACAAGCAUUGGAUCCAUGUGCCCAUACCAAGCACGUACCUCGGCCUUAACGGACCUGUCCGCUAUUCGUGCAUCGACCGUGACGGCAGCAACCUUUGCGUCGCCGGAAAAUACGGUUUUUGCAUAUACUCACUCCAAUCAAAAAAAUGGAAAUUCUUUGGUAACGAAACCCAAGAGCAGGAUUUCAUAAUCGCGGGCGGCUUGCUUUGGUGGUCUGAGUACGUUGUUUGCGGAUGUGUCAAUCUCAAAGAUCCUUCCGAUGAGAUUCGAAUGUAUCCACGUGACGAGAAGCUUGACAAUAGUAAUGCCUAUAUACAGAAGUGCGACGCGCAGGUUCUGCAUUUGUCAACAUGCGAAGACAAAAUGUUGGCGUUCAUGUCGAAUUCGCACAUUAACAUCUACCUCAUGCAGCGGCUAACAUUGCCAUCAGAGGCAGGCAUUCAGUUAGUUCGUCUCGAGAACAUCGAUGUCUCCAGCCUGUUACCGCAUUGCCUCUGUGUAAUAUCGGCUACGUUGACGAACCUUUCCGUGUCCACGAUCCCGGCUUAUAUUCAGAAGCGACCGGAAUCAAUCUUGUUAAACGUAUGCGGCCGUCUUUAUCUGCUUCAACAAGACGUCUUCGCAGCGGCGAGACGACCUUCGGUAGCGCCUCCAUCGGCUGAACUGAGCGAGUGCGCUUAUAGUAAUCCAAUCGUCCUCGCUUCAAGUGUAGAAAACAUGUGGAUCUCGUGCACUUCAAACCCGAAAAUGCCCCACCUCACGCAAGCCCUGUAUAUUGCGUGCGGCGCUGCGGGCAUGCAGAUAUGGCUGCCACUGUUCCCAGCAGCUGACAAGCAGCACAACUUUAUGUCAAAGCGGAUCAUGCUAGCAAUCAAGAUCCACAUAUAUCCGUUGGCUGUAUUAUUCAACGAGGUGAUCGUUCUUGGAGCUGAAAGCGACGUGUCGAUCCAAAGUCUCUUUCCAAGGUUUCCUCACUGCGUGGUGUCAAAAUCCAGUCAGGUAUAUCUGCAUCCAAUUAUCAACAAGUUGCUCGUGCGAAACCUGGGCAGCCAUGCAUGGCAAAUCGCGAACAGUUGCAGUCAUCUGCCGUACUUCAAUCACUCGCUGGAGCUUUUGCUUCAUGAAGUCUUAGAAGAAGAAGCAAAUUCUUCAAACCCGAUUCCCGAUGCCCUUCUCCCACGGGUGAUCGAUUUUAUCCGCGAGUUUCCGGUCUUCCUCACCACGGUGGUACAAUGUGCUCGCAAGACGGAGCUGGCUCUUUGGCCGCAUCUGUUCGCUGCCGUUGGCAAUCCCAAGGACUUAUUCCAAGAAUGUAUCCUGCAGGGUCAACUCGAAACGGCCACAUCCUAUCUACUCGUUCUGCAAAACCUCGAGGUGGCGCUCGUGUCCCGACAGCACGCUACCAUUCUACUAGGUUCGGCUCUAGAUGCCGGUAAAUGGCAGCUUGCCAAGGACAUAAUCCGCUUCCUUAAGGCUAUUGACCCGGCCGAUGUUGAGUCUCCACCGCGAGCGUCGCUCCUACCUUCACUUUUGCCCGCCAACAAGGGGACUAAGGGCGGUCCUGGCCCGUCCGUUGUGCCAGUCAAACCGGAUGAGGACAUCACGUUGAUGAUGGCUUCGAUGAUGGGCCCACCGCAAAGCCAAAAUAGUCGACAGCGUCUCUCGUCGAAGAGUGACAUCUCUUCGAUGGAACACAAGACUCCAAACACUCAGCCCAAACUUCCUACGAGUACCUCCCGGGAUGAUUCUGACGUCAUGAACGAAGCAUUCAUCGAUGUAAUCCUUAUGCGUUUUUCUCGAAAGUUGCUCCAGGCAGGGCAAUUACGAAAAUUCGGUCACUUGGUUGCUUAUCUAGAUUUUCCACUAGCUACAUUUUUAUCGAAAGAACGUUUUAAGGCAGCCAGAGUAGAAGAUUACCCUCUAGCCCUGAAGAAUCUCCAUCGAGACUUCGAGUUUCCGUAUCCGUCAUAUGUACCGAGUAGCGAUGUGAGUAGUACAUCAAGUGAAUCGCCUACAAACAGUCCUUCUGGGGUUGUCAACUUGAUGUUAAACGGGGGCCAGGCAGCGCGCAGUUCUAGUAUGGCCUCGGAUUCCGGCAUUACAUCGAUCGACGUGCCGUUUCAAACCCCGUCACUAGCUGAAGGGGAUGUUAUGGAUACAACGGUUAAAAAACAUACCAUGGGGGGUACUAUGAAUGCAGAAAACCGUAACGGUGACGGAUUAACUGACCAGCACAAUGGUGAAAGCAUUACAUUAAGCGGGGGUCAAGUUUAUGUGGUACGAAACACCGACUGUGAUUCUUUAUGUGUUUCUGAGACGGGCAGUUGGCAACUCGAACAGCAGGAUACAGUUAGCACCAUGGCCGUCAAUGUGUGCAGUGCAUCAGGAAACAAUAGCCCAAACAACACGGAAGAUCGAAAAUUCGGAGCGUCUGACGGUUGGAACUCGGGUCGGGCCUCCGAACGUGAUUUAGUGAUACGUCAGUUGUUACACGUUAGCGAGCUUCUAACAACACACGAGUGCAGUGAUUGGACGCUAUUAUGUGCAGUCAUACUCAAUCAGCCAACAAUAGUUGUAAGACUCGCGCUUCGCUCAACUGUACAUAGACAAGCAGUACAAACGCUAGACCAUUGGGCGCACAAAGAAUGCGCCGGAUACCGUCCAUUCUUUCAGAAUGUAUUUGCUCAGAUUAAUCGCAGUCUUAAGCAGAGCCUGCAGCUGCCGCCCUUAUUGAAAGGUUCAGGCUUAUCGAACGAACCGGUAGGUUCGCUCGUCGAGCGGGAAACUGGUAUCAGCGGGGCCGUAGCGCCCGUUGGCGCUCCGGUGCCGGAAACGCCGCUAAAGCAGCGCCCGCCAAGUGCAGAUUCUAACGAAAGUGACCUUGCCAAGGAGGAUAGCUUCGACGUAAACCGGUGUAAACUACAGCCUUUAGAUCAUGAAGAGGAAGUUCGGCUAGAAGCGACAGCCAGUUUGAGUCACUCAACAUCCCAGCCAAAUCUCUCGCCUCGACGGACAAUGGCCAAUCAUGAGAUGCUUGAAGAUCUCUCUCGACCUGUCGAGAGUUUCCGCCGAGAUUCUGACGAUGACGAGGGCGACGGUGGCUGCAUUUUACAGUAGCGGAAAUGGCUAGUAGCCGCAGUAGUUCUGUAUAAAUCAACGUCUAAAGGGUUCAGACUCUGAUGAAUAUAAGACAACGACUAAAAUACAAGAGAACGAUUACAGAAAACAGCGGAUAUACUAAUCUGGGAUAUGCUUACAGAAGUGAUAUACAGCGCUAGACGCUAUUGGUAGCCGCAAAAUUCGAAUCAUCUAAUACGUUCUUGAAAUUUAAUCGUAACAUUAUACAAUAACUAUUAUCCGACAGAUCCUGUUUGGUCUGACUUACCUAAUUAUUCAUUGGUACAAGGAUGGUGACGGCACGAACGUAAACGUCGGUAUGGCUUGGGCAGAAUUCAUCAAGAUGCAAAUCGUACAGUAGAAAAACAACUACAACAGUUGUACUGUUAAUAUCUGUAACAAACAGGAGAGAAUACGAAUACGAGAUAUGAAAACUAGGGGCAAAGGAACUAGCGAAAGUCUUCGUUGAAGAAGGUAGUGUUGUGACGAUUGUAGAUACCGUCCAGGGCCGAGGGCAAGUGUACAUCAUGAAAUGGCGGUUUUUCAGAUAUCAGCGAUGCAAAAUUGGGGAAGUACCACUGUAGCGUCUGGGAUUCGAAUAGAGAACGUUUAAUGAGCUGAAAGGUAGAUGCUGAUAUGCAGAUCCAUCUAUAUAUGACGACGACGAGACAAAUAGCCAGAAUCAUUGUGCUACGAUUAUCGAAUCGUGGACAUUAUAAGUUGAAUAGAUGACUUAAUAUACGAUAUAUGCGUAGUUUCAUCGGAGCGUUUGUUCCCGAUGGACAUUUCCUCUCAGCGCACUUUGUUUAACUUAGUUUUGAAUUGUUUGGAGAAGAGAUACAUAAAUGUGUUCCGAGGUCGUACAUUCCGCGUAGGAUUGUCCCGUGGCUGUAUUUAGAAUAUGUACAUAAAUAAUAGAGCGUUUGAAAGUGAAAACGAUCUUGGUGGACAAGGCCGAAUAGUCCAACAAACAAAUUUCAAAGCAAAAAUGUCUGAGUGAAUUUAUACAACUCAUAUAUACCAUCGAGCACGUAAGCAUCAAUACUCGCGCAUCGGAAUUUUCCUUUUCUUAUGUAUAUAAUUAUAUAUAUUAGGAACAUCCGAUUGCGCGAAAAUUGACACUUGCUCGGCUGCACCAUCAUAGAGCACAACGCUUACCAAUUGUGUUUGCUCCCGACCCAGAAUAAGACGGAAGCUUUUCCUUCAUCAUGAUAUAUUCUCAGUAAACUUGAUGUAUCCGCAUGAUAGUGCAGCUUGUUUUUCAACGUCUAUCAUUAAAUAAGACUGGCAUCUUUCAAAUAUAUAAUUCUUGUAUUCUAUAAGCCUUACAGUCGGAUUUACACUUGGAAAAUGACGACUGGAAGUAUAAUUGUCUUUAAAACGUAUCGAAGGUAACAACAGCAAGCCAAAACAUUUUGUCGAAAACGGUGAUUGGGUUCUGUAUGGACCAGCAAGUGAACUAACCGGAAACGAAAUUGCUUACGGUCGUCACUACUACUUUUAUUCGAUAUAGAAUAGAUAGAGUUGAACAGGUUCCUUGCGCCUUAUCAAAAUCACUACGAACAUCGCGCAGAUCGUUGUUGUUUUGUCACAGUACAAAUAGCGUUGGUUUCACUCAGCCUUGGAAAAACAAUGUUUUUUUUCCAGUGUUCGCAUUUUGUUUAUAUCAGCCUUCGUUGUGACAACCCGAUUAGGCGCCUACUUGAGGCGUCGGAGAACGUGUUUGUGCCAAAAAGAACUGAUAGAAAGAACAAUCGACGAAGAAACGGUCUACGACAUACUUGUAACACCUCGUAUAGACUAUGGAAAUACAGAACAGGAUUAUAUAGGGUUCGAAUGGUCGUUAAUUGAAUCUCAUUAAUCUUUAACAAAGGUAAUAACAAAAUGUAAUGUAUGAAGAUGAAAAAUCUACAGAACACACGAAACCGUCUGAGCUUAUUAAAUAUUAAAAUAACACAAUGACAGAAUUAUAUGUAGAUAAAUAGACGAAACGAGAGGAAAGCGAAAAGUAUAUACACGUAAUUCAGUGACCUCUGCCAGUCGUGUGUCGCGUUCUCAGCCUACAGCCGUGUGGCAGUGAAGAUGAAAUGCCUAAAAUUUUCGAUGGCGAGCUAGCUAGAUACGUGUUACUGUCAGGUUUAGGGAAACGUGCUGUAUAGAACUUUGGCAUCAGCAAUAAUUCACGUUAGAUUAAUUAGAGAGGAACGCAUGUAGAACGUGGCUGGCCGGGUGUUAAGGUGGUUAUUUUGUCCACGGAAAAAGAACGGCAAGUAACCCUCCUACCCUUUGUCGGUGAACCGAUGAUCGAUCGUCAUAUAUUUCAUGUAAUAAACGUAAUAGUUCGAAUAAAAACUUGUAAUAAUAACAAACGUGAAGAAGUAAGAGGUAAUAUUUUUUCUGUAAUGAAAGUUUCAAGAUCAGUUGGCAAUAGAGAGCUAAAUAGUGUUUUGGAAACAAAUACGUUUGUGAUGCAUUUCACCUCUAGAAUGCACGAAGCGGGCAACAGAUGGAUGACAAAAGAUCACAAAAAUGUUUGUAAAAAAAACGAGAAGGGACAGAGAUUACAAAAUGGCAAGAAGGGGAAGGUGACGUUCAAAUGCUGUGUGAUGAACAAUGCCUAUGAUGACGAUAAUCAAAAAAUAAAGAAUCUGUCGAAUAGAACCGUAUCAUAUUAUGUUUUCCCUUAA